AUGGAGUUGAGGAUUUUUGUAACUUCUUCGUCAUUUUGUCCAACGGCAUGGGCCGGACAAUAUGCUGGACGUAGUGGAUCACCAACUAUCAUUCUUGAAGCUGUUGCAGAUUAUGAUCUAUGGAUAUGGCAUGCCUAUUUUGGUAUGCCGGGAUCCAAUAAUGACAUUAAUGUGUUAGAGUCAUCACAUCUGAUUUCCAAUCUUGCUCAAGGUAUAGCUCCCCCCGCUCGUUAUGUAAUUCAAGGAAAAGAAUAUAACAUGGGGUAUUAUUUAGCAGAUGGCAUAUAUCCAAAAUGGUCUAAUAUUGUUCAAACAAUUCAUGAGCCGCGGGGAAAUAAAAAAAAGUUAUUUGCCAUGAAACAAGAGGCAUGCAGGAAAGACGUGGAACGUGCGUUCGGAGUUUUACAAUCGCGUUUCGCAAUUAUUGCGGGACCUUCAAGAUUUUGGAAAAAAAGAUGUGCUACAUGAUAUUAUGACAACAUGUAUUAUCAUGCAUAACAUGAUAAUCGAGGACGAACGGGAUCUUAAUGCAACAAUUCAAGAUGCAAUGGAAGUACCGGUACCAGAUGAACCGGUUGAAAUAGCAGUGGAUGGUCAUAUUCGAUUCCAACAAUUUCUCUCGAGACAUCGACAAAUUAAAGAUAAAAAUGCUCAUCUUGAACUUCGCGAUGCUUUAAUAGAGCAUUUGUGGAUGAACCAUAGUCAUUAUGAGGAUUGAUUUAUGUUUUUGUUAAUUUUAGUUUUUUAUGUUGUGUUAAUUUAAAUAAAUUAAUGUAAUGUUUAUGUUAGUUUUUUUAUUGUGUUAAUUUAAAUAAAUUAAUGUAA